AGCGACACGCCUCCGCGACCGACACUCUCACGCCGGACGCCCCCACGCCCGCCCCGCAGCCCCGCCCGCGCCGCGUCAGCCUCCACAGGACUCAGAAGCGCCGCACCACCAACCCAAGGGACGAGAAGACAGCUUAUUUACUUACACUGCAGUGACUCAGACAUCCAAAGAGUAUAAUUUUUUCACGGAUAUUAAGAAAAAAAAAGUUUACGUAAAGUUCGGUAAAGGAAACUAAGGAGAGAGCUGCUGAGGGUGUAGCGGUGAGCAAGUGUUUCAAAGCUGGAGGGAGGAGAGAGAAGAGAGAAGUGUAACAACAACGUAAUCAAGAAACACUGAAAAAUAGGAAGAGGAGUUUAAACACAAUUGAAAGAACAGAAAGCUAAACAGUAGACAACGGAAAGUUCGAUAAAAGAUAAUCAAAACAAGGAAUCACAAAAGGCAAACAUCUUCACAGCAGGAGGAAGCAAGGUAUGAUUUGGAUGAUCCUUAUGUUUAUUAAGGAAUUGAAGUAAAAAAAAAAUCAAGCUAAUUCUCUGUAGCCUGAUCAGUCUCAUUCACUCUCCCAAAUUCCCAGCGCAGAAUCACAGGCAUUGGUAACAAUUCUAGAAAUAUAACAGACGGCACCGGAAUUUGUCACUUCUUCUCAGGACAAAUCUUUCCACGGCAUCGCCGGUUUUCUUUUCGGCAUCUCGCACGCCGCAGAGAAAGGUCACAGUGAAUAAAAAAAAGAGUUAACGUCCCAUCUAAGAAAAAGGUGGAAUUAAUUACUGUUGACAUUUCACAACCUGAAUAACUAAACAAUAAAACAAGGUCCCCCAGCAAUAAUAUUCACGGAAAUGUUCUUCUGAUGAGACUAACGAACUAAGAAUAAAUCAGGAGUCACAGAUAAGAAUUAGUCCACAGUUUUCACCGACAACCUUCAGCAGCCAAUAAGAUGCAAGGGAAGAGCUAUCUCGCGUGGGCCAUCAUAUCCCUGACGGUGGUACAGACGGCUCGGCCAGCGGCGGGGCAGGAGUACACCUACUCAAAGUACUCGUGCAGGGAGAUGAUACCCCUGCACGUGACGGAGGUCGAGUGGCUGAUGGACAGGGAGGAGCAAGAAUCAAAGGAGGAGACAAACCACGUCAGCGAGCCGGCAGAAUCAGGCGGAGGGGGCGAGUCGGGCUCAAACGGCACCAUGACCACCACCACGACCACGACCACCACCACCCGCCCCCCCGCGCCCAAGCCCCAGAUCUACCAAGGGAACGUCGACGUGAAGGUGUUGACCAGCGAGCAAAAGUACCGCCGCCUCAAGCCCCUCGAAGUGACGCUCCAAACAUCGGAAUACAUCAACGGGUUCCUGCUGCAGGCGCGGAGGGCAGGCCAGCAGCAAAACGUGGUGGGGACCUUCCUGAGCGCGCCGCACCGAGGGGAAAUAAUAAACUGCAACGGCUCAGUGGGCAACGCGGUGGUGAUGGAGACAGCGCCGCUCCGCCUCGCCAACCUCACAUUUACCUGGAUGGCACCCGAAGCUGACGUGGGCGCUAUCGAGUUCGUUGCCAGUGUGCUCCUGGAGGAGGGCAGCCAGUACCAAAUCUUCAGGUCCGCUCAGCUGGAGCUCAACCUCUACCCCGUGUCCACCCGCGAGUGUGCCGUCGCCAAGAGCUGCUUCAGGUAUUGCAUGCACAACACCAGCCCCGAAUGUCCGGCCCAUGAGGCGCGCUACACCGCCACGCUGGAGUUCCUUCCCAAGGCGGCAAAGAAGAAGACCAGCGUCAAGAUCACCAUUGGCGGACAGCUCGCGGACUCCAAUGGGUACUUGGCCGUGGGCUUCAGCAAAGACCACCUCCGCCUGAGCGAGGCUGACCUCACCGUGUGCUACCUGCAGGAGGACAACGUCACGAUGGGGGUAGAGCACUACCUCCUUAAGAACAUGGAUUACGCACCAGACCUCCACCUCGGGGAAAUACAGCUGGAGUCCGCUGACGUGGACGGGGACUACGCGUGGUGCACCUUCAGGCGGCCCAUCACGGGGGACGACCACAACCUGCUUCCCCUCACCGAACCACACUACUACUACUACUUCUGGGGAACCAGGAACGGCAACAGAAUUUUCUUGCCGCCAUCCUGGAGCAUAAAGCGGUCAGACACGCUCAUCAGUACAAACGACAAUCUCUUCAACUACGUGGUCUACAGCGCCGCCCAGAGUCGCCAGGCGCCCUACAGUGUGGUGGCGGCGGCAGUGCUGCUCGUCGGCGUGCACGUCAUGUGUUGGUGAUGGUGUCACAACGCUCAGAACAGGUCUACGUUCGGUCAAAUAUUUGUGUUAAUGAUCUAUCUAAUGCUUGUGACGUUCUCUGUGUUCCAAAUUUCGUUCUUCAUCGUCACCCAAGUGAGAGAAAGCUCUGAGCAAUCUGUGCUUGUCUAUGGCGUAAAUAUCGAAACUGCUUUUACAGAUUGAAUUUUUAUAAUGGAUGUUUUCAACUCAUUUUUGUUUUGAACGUGGACUGAUUCGUGCUGUUCCAAACGUGAUUUUUUUUCUUCUAAGGUAAUAAGUUUGCAUGUAAACUACAUUUACUGUACCGUUAAGUCACUCGUAUCAACUUGCUGGUGGCCAACACACGAUUGCUCGGCCACAAGCAUCACUUUUGUGUGGUGGACACUGGAACACGGCGCGCUUCAGAAACUCUCGAACAGCAUCGAGACUGAACAAUUCUUAGUAUUAGAUUUAUAUAUAUGCAUUGGUGCGUUGGGAAUCAUAUACUUACGAAGGAAAUAAACCAUCCUGUUGUGGCCGAACGCGGCAACAAAACUACGCAUGCUGUCAAACGAAUCACCUCACUCACCAUUUGAACUUGCAAUGGCCAAGAGCAGGCGGCGGUUCCUCUCCGGAACAACGUUGAAUUGUGGCCAGACGGACUGAAUGUUGCUUUUCGUCUUGGAAGUUGUCGGAGCUGUCAACUCCCUCUCGCCAGUACAAGAAGGCCGCCGACCCGUACAUCCACACACACACAUGAAAAAACGGAUACCCGCUCACACACCCGAGAAGGUAAACCAAACACUGACCCCCUUCCCCCCCCUCCCCCCGACGCUGGUGCCCUCUGUUGAUGCCUACUCUUAUUUCAUUAGGCUUAGUGCCACAUGAAAUAUAUAAGCAUUGUAUUAUAAUUUAUGCGUGUUAGGAAAAUUGCUAAAUAGUAGCAGAUUCAACAAAAAGAAUAAAUAAAAAUUGGAUAUAUUGAUGAAUGUUAGCCCAAAUGACAAUACGUGACAACAAUUAGACAAGGGAUACCAGGCAUCAGCAGACGUGUGUGUGUGUGUGUGUGUGUGUGUGAAUCAGUUCUAUAGUUAUUUGUUGUUGCUCAAAUAUUAUAUAAUGAUUGUAUAAGAAGUUAUAUGUGUGCGUGUGUUCAUUGCAUUGUGUGUGAAUGAGUAGUUUCAAGGAUUUACACACUCGAAUCUCCUAGCCAUCCAGCACCACGUAGGCUACAUACCUUCAUCGUUACAGAUACACGUUAAUUGCUACACGCAUGAGUUGUAGGCAGGAGGCGGCAGUAAUUACUUUAUUAUUUUCAGGUUAAGCACAUUUUCUGUCGAUUCAGCACUAAAAGACUAGACUAUUAUAGUUAGACCAUUUCAUUUUUCAGUUGCCAUAAUAAAAUAUUGUUUGGGUUUCAAUUUUCCAAGAGUUGAACAUUUAAUUGUCAUUGUGCAAACAUUUUCAACACACACACAGGAAAACAGACAGAAUCCAGAAAGCAGCGACAAAAAUGAUCCCGAGUUUGAGACAUGAUAUGAAGCGACAUUGGAAAUGCUGGGGUUCAUACCAUGGAGGAGAGAAGAGAUUUUAUUUCACUGUAAAAGGCGAUGAAAGAAAUGGGCACGGUUGACAGAGAUGACCUGUUUGUAUGGGAUAAUAAUCAGAGGUCAUGGCACUAACUGACAUCUGGAAUGACCUCGGAGAAGAGUGGAGCUCGCCUCUCGUAGCCCUAUACCACAACUAGCUAAACACACACAUACACACUCACACACCACACACACUCACACACCACACACACACACACCUUAUUUCAAAUAAUAUUUUCUAAAUGAUUUUCUAACGCCUUCCGUUUCAGCAAAGUAGUUGCAAAACUUAUUUUCAGUUGUUUUGAGUUAUUCAGUGUUUAGUAAAAAUAAAGCUGCCCAUCCUAUACUGCAUAUAACUUCCAAUCCUUUGUGAUACAAAUCAUUAGGAUUAUAUCUCGCUUCCUCCUUAAGAUCCGGGCUAUUUAUAAAACAUUCGGGAUUAUUGCCCCGAAAGCCACUAUCAUAUCAUUAUUGAUAUGACCACAUUUACCAUUAUAUACAUGUUAGUUUCAAAACUCCAAACAAUGUGCUUGUCAGCAGGAGCCCCUUAAUUUAAAGGUUCUAGUCAGCUCUCAAAAAGGAUCAUGAAAACUAAGACAGAUUUAGGUUUAAUAUCAUUUAAUCAAAUUUGAUACUUUUACUUACAAUACCAAUGAGCCUUCCAUAGCCAUGAUAACAAGAUGUAGGAAUCUUAUUUACAGUAGGUAAUUAAUGGCUGGAGUGAUAUAAACUGACAACAAUAUCCCAUUAAGGAUUUGUUACGGCAUCCUAGGUUCUCCAACCACCAGGUUCAUCAAAUUGCACCCUUGUCACACCACCUGCGCACACCACCACCCUGUAAGGCAAAGUCAAAUCUUUUGCCUUUUGCCUGGGGCUAUGCACCACUUCUUUCUUUCCUCAUAUUUUGCAAUCACUCAAGGAGCUCUUAAUGAGGAUAACAGAGAUGAUAAUUUUCCUGAGUAAUAUUAAACCAGAUAUUGCUUAACUGAAGGACAAUGUACAAAAUUUGCUUUUCCUCACAUCAAUCAUCAUCAACAACAAUCACCCUUUAUAUAUACAGCAAGUCUGAACACUCUAAACCCUCUUGACAGAACUAAAUUACUGGCAUGUAGAAAGCAGCACAUUUUUUCAUUGAUCAACCUCAGUCAGAACACAGGAUUUACUUAAAUUUUCUUCCUGAAAUGACUUAAGUGUCAGAAUAACGUAGUGAGCCUUUCCUUUCCUUCCAAAUGUUGCCCUUCUCUUAUCAGGUUACUGUCUCCACACACAGCUCCUUUAACCAACCCCCCAAGUCAUCCCUGCCCUCCUCAGCACAUACGAAAGAAGCUACUGAUAAAACUCUACUUUAUUUGCACAUAGUGUACUGUAUGCUCCCUGAAGCAUCAGUUAUGUUUUUAGUAUAUUAAAAGUUUAAGUAGAAUGUACAAAGGUAUGUUGUAUGCACUCAGCCACCAAUAUGAUUGAGAUCGAGCUGCUCAUGUGUUAGAUUGUGUACAUGAUAAUGAGUCCUAUUUGUUAUUGUAAGUGAUAUAUGAAUCAAUAACAAUGUCAUGAAACCAGCACCAAUGAAUGCUAGGAGUGAGUGAAUGAAUCAGUAAUGUCGCUGAUGAAUUACACUAAAGAAAUUCAAUGUGAAAGUCUGCACUACAAAAAGCAGAAAAGUCUUGCAGAGGCAUCACAAAGCUUCCUACAGAAGCAGCUAGGUGUUCUGGGCAAAACUGUUGAGAGGGGCCCAGGCACCCACCACAAUUUCCUGUAAUAUAACAGGAGCUACAUAUAUUCCCUUUGGUCGAUUGAAUCAACAUAAUGAAGUACAGGAAUGUGUUCUUCCCAAUGCUUCAAUUAUAAAUCAUAAGAGUACCUCAAAUUUGCAAAGGGAAGACAAUUAAAUGCCUAUAAUUUUCCAGUAUUCUUGUGAAACUUGAAGUACUUCAACCAGAGGAAAACCAUGCAUGCACUAUGACAUUCUUAAAACACACAUUGACAACAAAAGAAAACUAUUCGCCUACCAACUCUGGUGUGUGUGUGUGUGUGUGUGUGUGUGUGUGUGUGUUUACAGAGCUGUAGUAUUCACGACUGAACUAUGGAUGUAACUUUCUUUCCAUUUCUAAUUUCAUCCUCUAAUCUUUUCUGUAUGUGUGUGUAUUUACCUAGUUGGCUUACGCUCGUGUGGUCCCAUCUCCACAUCUGUAUUUGUCCAGUUUUUCCUUAAAGUUGUGCACACUCUUCGCUGAUACUACAGCCUCCCUUAGUCUGGUCCAAACCUCUAUGUUUCUUUGUUCCAAUGUUGGUAGGUCCAUUCCUUUAAUCUUUCUUCAUAUGACAAUCCCUCCAGUUCUGGAACCAUUUUCAUUGCCAUCCUUAGUAUUCUUUCUAGUUUUUUAUUUAUGUUUCUUCUUAUGGGGAGACCACACCGUUUCUGCAUAUUCCAAUUUUGGUCUAAUCAGAGUGGUUAUUAUUUUUUUUAUCAUA